UCGAAACGGGCCGGCGAAACCCUCGCAGUCUGUCAAGGGCUGUGCUCGCGACUGCCAACAUCAAAUCGCCUAGGUAGUGUCACGUACACAUUCUGACUUGAGCAUCCAGCUUGCUUGUACGCCAUAUGUAACGCCUCUCUCUUACGGUAUCUACCCAUGGACCCUGCGCCACGUCUCGCCUGCCAGCAGUGCAAGCAGAGAAAGCUCCGCUGUGACAAAGGUUCCCCAUGCAACGCCUGUCGUAAUGCGGGCCUGGUUUGCCAGGUUGUGCAACGUGCACGUUUGCCGCGAGGAAAGAGCGGAAAAAAACAGACACAGAAGCAAUCGUUAGAGAGUCGCUUGAAACAGUUGGAGACUUAUAUCAAUCAGCACGCCCAGAUGAAUUUGAUGGAAGCAGCAGAGCACUCAAAACUUCAGCCUACUCAAAGACAAUUUUUGGCUCCAGACUUCUGGUCAUCCUUAUCCAAGAGCAUCUCAGGUGUCCGAGAGAUCCUCGAAGAUUCCGGAGAUGAAAAAGAAGAGGUAGCUGAAUAUCAUGCUGAAAAACAAGCUUACCCUGGAAAGACCGCCUCAUCGGACGCACACUUACUUUUUCCGAACAUGUCAAGUCAAGGAUUGGAAUUACCGGAUGCUUCGCCCGCAACUAGUGAGACACUAUUCGGCCUGUUUAAAGAUCGGGUCGACACAGUCUACAAAGUGGUCCAUUUAUCAAAAGUCUUGGCUCUGAUCAGAGCGGCCUACUCUGAUGGCACGUUGACCGCAAACAUCCUCGCCCUUGAGUAUGCGAUGUAUUUCAUGGCAAUAUGCACAAUCAAUGAGGAUGAAGCUGAGGCUAUGGGUCUUGGGUCGCGCAUUGAUCUUAUUCAGUUCUACCGGGCUCGAGCGGAGCGGUACCUAGCGUCCGCAAAUCUGCUGAGCCAUCCAGAUCUGCGCACCCUCCAAGCUCUGGUCAUCUAUAUGAUUGGACUGAGGACCUGCCUUAAUAGCGCAACUACAUGGACUUUGGUGGCAGUAGCCGCUAGAAUUGCAGCAGCGUUGCGUCUUGGAGAUGAAGACCCUUCGAAGUUCACGAUUUUGGAGUUGGACGCUCGCCGUAGAGUUCUAUAUGCUAUCGGCGUGCUCGAUACUCAUGCGGCUCUCGAUCGCGGCACGAUACCCGUUUUGCCAGCCAGUGCAUUUCGGACACCGCCCCUGGAUGUUGACGAUAGCGACAACAGCCCAGCACGUGGCGCACUAACCCCUUCCCGACCUCCCAUUACAGACAUGACUCACUCCACGAUGACCUAUCAGGCAAUGCUGUGUCAACGCAAGAUGUACGACUUGAGUACAAAGGGGCUCGACACUUGGUCGGAAAGAAAGCAGCUUGUCGUGGACUUUGGCGCUCACAUUGAUCAGCUAGCGCGACAGAUCGGCGAAUCUCGUAUACCAAUGCACGUUCUAAUCGUUACAUCUGGUCGCAAAAUACAUCGCAGUCUGGAAUUGCUCCUGCGAAGACCACCUUAUCGACAGUCUAUCGAGAGUGUGCCCAUAUGGGAUGGUUUUGACGUCAUGCUAGCUGCAACAGAAGUUCUGGAGCUGCACCUGGAGGUUCCAUCAUUAGAGCUCAAGCCAUGGGCCUGGAAAAACUGGGUGCAAUGGCAUGCGCUGGCUGUUCUUCUUGCCGAAUUGUCGGUGAGGCUAUCUGAUCCACUGGCAGAUCGAGCUUUCGAAGUAGCAUCGAACGCGUACCGCUACUAUGCCCGCAUUGUCGCUGAUUCUCAGUCUGGUUUAUUGUGGAAGCCGAUAGCACGCCUCAUGCGUCGAGUGCAACGCGCGAGAGAGGAAGCAAGUGUGGCUUCUCAAGACUCAAACACUUCGCAACUCAGCCUGGAAACACUCUUGGAUCACAUGCCUGCCAAAUUACCUUCCCCAGACGACCUCCAUUCUUUCAGCCAUCCCGCACAGAACAUCCAUCAUCAAUCCGAGGAGCAUCUCGAACGCGGCGUCGAUAUUCUCAGCUUUGAGUCGGACCAACAAUCCUAUCUGAUCUGGGAUGAGUUCCUUGAAGACAUCAUUGAUACCAGUGCGUGGCAGUGAUUCCGCGGCGUUCAACGCAAAAUCUCUGCCUGAUGCUGGAUGCUGUCUUAUGAACCUUGCGUGAAUCUUCCUAGCUCAUAGUUGCGUGACCUUCAUAACCGGCU